CAUACACAUUCAACAUCACUACACUCUGAACAUCCCAGACAACCAUGUCGUAUAUUGUAUAAUACACUUCCAGUAACUUUAGUAAUCGGGCUCUAGUGCAGAUCGAGCUGGCUUUCAUAUUCUCCCCUGAUUCUGAUAGUCUUCGAAGCAAUAGGACUGAAUUCUUCCCAAUGAGCGCUUGGUAAAUUACUGGUAGGAAUUGGCCACUAAGUAUAUAAUACGUGGUAUAUGUCGCGCGAUACUUGCGUGAUUACCUCUCUUUUCCAGGACUUUUUAUACAUUGCAGUUAUGUUUAUCCUAGCAAGCUCAGACCAGGAUUCACACUAGGUACCUAUUAUAGGUGUUUUUACCCCUGGCUUUACCGCUUUACCGUACCCCACGAACUUCGAAUCUCUAACCUAGCAACAAACAAAACAUUCAACUACAAAUAUCGACAUUCAUAUUAACAACGCCCCUACGAUAUAGGAUUAUCUUAUCAUGGAAAAUACAGAAACCAUGGAUGCCAUGGAUACCUCGUCGUUAUCAUCUGCCCCUCCAUCUUCCCCUCCCCAGCUUCCUCAAGACCAUCCGUUACAUGACGAAAGCACAGCCGUACCGCCUCCCACGUCUGAGUUAUCCGAGUUGUCUGACCUUCCCGACACUAUACCAGAUGUUUCUGACUCCGAAGAAGAGGAUGACCUUGAGAGCGACCUUACACAAACCUGUGACCCGAGGUCAGAAAGGGUCGCGGCUGAUACGCUGAGCUUUUGGCGGAGAAAGCGGAGCCGUGAGCGUACCUUCAAACGCUUUAUGGAAGGAUGGCUUUUAGGAAAGACAGCAGAUAAUAAGGCCUCAGGGGCAAGGCUACGUGAAAUGGUUCGAGCAUUUAAAGACCCAAAAAUCCGAGAGCGCUUAGGGACGGUUGGUAUCCGAAUACAGUUCGUAGGUGAAGAGGAUAAAGAAGAGGAUAAAGGAGGGGAUAAAGAUAUUGUUCCCGACCUCCGCGACGAGCUUUCUGCUUUGGUACUUCAACCCGCCUUUAGUAAACUCGAGCCCAAGUCAUCCAAUAAGCCAGGUGAUACGCCCUGUGCCGUCAAAGAUAUCUACAACGCAGACUGGAUUAAUAGCGCUAUCCAGUCCUCCUGGACUGAAAUACAAGCCACGUCACCUAAGCUUAGUGCGUUUUUAACAACUAUCCUCUCCAAUCAACGAGCCGGCCAGAAGUCGUAUCAUGAUGCCAAAAUCGACACUACUUUCUCAAACGAGGCUAGGGCAUAUUUAAUCGUUACGUUGUUCUUAGGCGCCUAUGCGCCUAAACAGUCUAAUUUCUUACCUUUAUCUAUGGGCAUAUAUCUUCAUAGCAAUAAGGUGCCACGCCGAGUAAUAGAUACGUUGGCUCGGUUCGGUAUAUGCUCUGGGUAUAAGAGUAUUAUGAGGCAGCUAGGUCAGAAGCCAGAGAUCUCUGGUGACGCUAACAAUGUGUCCGCCGCUGGCUCCGGCAUCGGGGAGCACCAACCAGUCGAUCUCUAGUAGUGGUCGCACCUCCUUUAUAAGGUUCCGGCUAUUAGGAUUCUAGAGGGGAUAGAUAUUUGGAAGAAGAAGGGGUACCCUCAGUACCUAUGUAUAGUAACUAGCCCAUCAUUGUAUUUACUAUAGUAGACAUUUCCAUAAGGGAAAUUUUCGAUAGACGGGUCUACAGCAUAUUCUCGCUAGAGGACGGUAAACUCACUCUGGCUUGUAGAUUGGGACGUGGAGCUUGCGUCUAUUAGUCUUAAGUAGAAUAACAAGAUCUUUAUCGAGGUUAAAAUAAA